AUGAGCCGACACUACUUCAACCCGCCUGGUCACGACACCACCUUUUCCACACCGCUGCAAGCUAUGUAUUGGAACGGAGUUUACUAUCCUAACUGGCGCAUCUAUCGCGAUCAGCCACCUGUAUCGCUGAACUACGAUGUCAUUUCGCAUGUCUUCUACGCCUUUGCCUGGGUUAAAGACGAUGGAACUGUAUAUCUAAGUGAUGAAUGGGCGGAUGCUCAAAUCGAUGUCCCAGGCACUGACGACAUUCCUGCAGCAAAAGGAUGUCUUAACUCUUUCGCCCUGUUGAAGCGAAAGUAUACCCGACUACGGGUUGUGUUAUCUGUUGGCGGCGGUGGGAAAGGCAGUGAGCCUUUCGCGGGUGUUGCUAGAGACCCUGCCUGCCGUGAGCGUUUUGCUCAGACAUCAUUGGCAUUGGUACAACAAUUUGGUAUUGAUGGCAUCGACAUCGACUGGGAACACCCUGCAGAUGCCAGCCAAGGCACAGAUUACAUUGCUCUUCUGGCCACACUCCGUCAGUACUUGCCGGCGCCCCAAUACACCCUCUCCUCAGCACUUCCAGCAGGCGAAUGGGCCCUUCAGCAUAUCAACCUGGCGCAUGCUUCGCAUUAUCUGGACAUGAUCAACCUCAUGGCUUAUGACUACAGCGGGCCUUGGGUGAAAAAGUGUGGUCAUCAAGCUCAACUAUUCACACCACACAUUCCGCACAGUCCCGAAGCCGCAAUAUCCUGCCACUCAGCUGUCUCCUACAUGAUGCAGCAAGGUGUCCCAAGACACAAGAUCGUCAUGGGUGUGCCAGCAUACGGCCGAAGUUUCACCGGAACCCGUGGUAUAGGUCACUCAUUCUCCGGGCAAGCAGGAGAGGAGGGCACCUUCGAGUACCGAGACUUGCCCCGUCCGGGUGCGGAAGAGCACGUAGACGAGCAGCUGGGCGCAGCCUACUGUAUUGGGGGUGACGGAGGGCUAGUCACAUACGAUACCCCGCAAACUGUCAGAAUGAAGGCCAACUAUGUGCGACAAAACGGACUAGGUGGACUCUUCUAUUGGACCGGUACAGGCGACGCAAGCUCGCUCACUCAGAAAGAUCGCAGUCUGGUGUAUAAUGGCUUCCUAGGUCUGUUCCCGCAAUAG